AUGUCCCUCCCUAAGGGACUCCCGACGGUCAUCCCCGGUGAAGAAAUUAUUGAUGACAUCAAAGCCAUAGGCUACAAAGUGCAGCACGUGGCUCGCGUGGCAAAAACCGGACAGCGCUCGGAUGCCAUACGGGUACGUCUUGCUGCAGAAAAGAAGUCCGAAUCCUUCAAAAAGGUUGCGGCCCUCUGCUACCUCAAGUGCCCUGGUGCCCGUCACUAUCCAGACUGCGUGGAAGACACAACGGACCCAGAUUUCGAGCCCUACUGUCAGCAGUGCUCGACCAAAGGGCAUCGUGCGACUUACAGGGGCUGCAUAGAGUACAGGGACUACGAGGAUAAGCAGCUCAAGAAUCAGCCGGGGAAAACCCCACCCGCAGCACUUAAGCGGCUCAAGGAGCAGGCCGAGACAGCAAAGCAAGAGAGAAUCGAGAAGCAACGAGAGUUUCAGCAACGAGCAGAGGCAGCUAAGAUAUGGAAGGAAGCUAUAGUCAAGGUGCUUCUGAAGCCGGGUAAAGACCCUUCUAAACCCGCAUCGUAUCGGCCUAUUAGCCUCCUGAGCACCUUGUCCAAGCUAUAUGAGAGAUGUAUCCUGGAUUUUAUCCUUGAAGAAGAAGAACAUCUGGGCGUCCUCCCUCCGGAACAGUUCGGUUUUAGGAGCCAGCACAGCACUGUUCUCCAACUGGCUCGGAUCCUGGACUACACGGUAUCUUCAGCCGAGGCCGGAGAAACCACGGUCAUGGCUGCUCUCGAUCUUGAGGCAGCUUUUGACAGGGUUCCCCCGGAGGAGCUUAUCCUCAAGCUGCAGGAACAAGGAUUCUCUUCACAGAUAGUACUACUGGUCAAAAACUUUGUAACAGGACGCUCAUUGCGAGUGAGAGUUAAGAGGCUAUGUCACAUGUAUGAUGAAAUUCUUCAAGCUGUUCAACAAUUGGACCAAGAAAUGGCUACGCACAAUCAAGUGCUACAAAAUCAAGAAGAAGAAUCUGACAUCGAAGAAGAAGCAGGAUAUGACAGUGAUGCGAUGAAGAACGUCGGCAACUACUCCGAGACCAUCCAGAACUUCCAGACCAACGAGCUCCGCGCUACGCGCUUCCCAUUGAAGACCGUCAAGAUCGUCCAGACCUUCUAG